AUGUCUUCCAUUCAAGGACAUUGCGACGAGAAAUUCUACGAGGUUCAAGACCUGCUGCAGAAAUACAUCGACUCGGGCGAGGAACUGGGGGCUUCUAUCGCCGUCAAUUUGGACGGAAAGGAUGUGGUUGACAUCUGGGGAGGCUACGCCGACCAGGACCGGAAGCGACCGUGGGAAAAGGAUACCAUCACCAACCUCUUCUCGACCACCAAGACCAUUGCAGCGCUGGCGGUCCUCCUCCUGGUCGACCGGGGUGUCCUCAGGGUAAAUGACAAAGUGUCCAAAUACUGGCCAGAUUUCGCUGCGAACGGGAAGCAAGACAUCGAAAUCCGUCACAUUCUAUCUCACACCUCCGGGGUGGCUGGGUUUGACACUCCUCUGACGGUGGAGGAUAUUUGCGACUCACCCAAGGUCACGGCACUGUUGGCCGCGCAGGCUCCAUGGUGGAAACCUGGCACAGCAUCCGGCUACCACUCAUUCAGCCAAGGCUACCUGAUUGCAGAACUUGUCCGGCGAGUAACAGGCAAAUCUCUCACACAGUUCAUCACUGAAGACAUUGCUGCUCCUCUCGGUGCCGAUUUCCAGCUGGGAUGCUUGGACAAGGACGAAGACCGCAGGUCGGAUGUUAUCCCGCCCCCACCGGCAGGGCCUCCUCCCUUGGACCCUGCCUCGAUUGGGUUUCGAGUGGUGACAAACCCGCCCAUGAGAGCGGAUUUUGCAAACAGUGAGCUGUUUAGGAAAGCAGAAAUCGGAGCGGGGAACGGGCACAGCAAUGCUCAGGGAGUCAACCGGAUCUUGUCUGUCAUUUCCAUGCAGGGUCAAGUGGAUGGGAAACAAUUCAUUUCGCCAGAGACCAUCGACCUCAUCUUUCAAGAACAGUCCAAGGGCAUGGAUCAUGUUCUGGCCUUCGGAUCACCCAUCCGCUGGGGCAUUGGCUUUGCUCUUCCGGCUGAAGGGACCUGGAUUGACUGGUUGCCGUCCGGAAGAUUGUGCACAUGGGGUGGGUACGGUGGGUCGAUGGCGGUCAUGGACUUGGAUCGGAAGUUGACCAUUUCGUAUGUCAUGAACAAGAUGGACAAUGUUGGGCUGGGGUCGGACAAGGCGAGGGCAUACAUUGCCGCAGUAUAUAAAGCCUUGGAAGUUUCUUGA